AUGCAAAUUGAUGGUUUCCUUGCACCCGGCCAUGUCAGCAUGGUUGUUGGCGAAAAACCUUUUGAGUUUAUCGCCAAGACCUAUAACAAACCGAUUGUGGUUUCUGGCUUCGAACCAUUAGAUAUUCUGCAAUCAAUCUGGAUGGUAUUAAAACAGCUCGCCGAGAAUCGUUGUUUAGUUGAGAACCACCUUACAGCAAAGGGUGAUCGUCUCGCGAUGACCACCGAUUCCUAUGUCGUUGACCCAUUAUUUUUCCCCGGUGGUGACAUUGGUAAAUUAGCCGUAACCGGCACAGUCAAUGACCUUGCCGUCGGUGGUGCAAAACCCCUGUACCUGACUUGUGGAAUGAUUAUUGAAGAAGGCUUCCUGGUAAAAGAUCUACAGCGCAUUGUCGCUUCAAUGAAAGCCACCGCUGAUGCCGCAGCUAUUGUCGACGCACGCGGCGAAAUGGAACUGGAAAACACCAUCGAAACUGACUGCCAGGCACUGAAUGGACUGGUCGAAGUUAUGUUACAAAGCUGCCCCGAUAUCCACUGUAUGCGAGAUGCUACUCGUGGCGGAAUCGCAACAGUAUUAAAUGAAUUUGCCGAAUCAAGCAAUGUGGGCAUCACACUGGAUGAAACAGCAUUACCGAUUCGCCGCGAGGUACGCGGCAUGUGUGAAAUUCUCGGCCUAGAUCCAUUGUAUCUGGCCAAUGAGG